AUGGAGAGCACGGAUGAUGAGAAGGAUGCAGUCUCCGGAAAUUAUAUACCAAAGGAACUCACUCAUGCUUUAGCAUCUACUGGUGCGAAGUUUAUCGAUGAAGUCCUUAGCGGUCAAAAUGAACGUUGUCUAGAAAAUUUUCGCAUGGAUAAGCAUGUCUUCUACAAGUUGUGUGACAUUUUGCAAGGAAAAGGCUUACUGCGCCACACAAAUCGAAUCAAGAUUGAAGAGCAAUUAGCCAUGUUCAUGUUCAUAAUUGGUCAUAAUCUACGGACUCGAGCUGUUCAAGAGUUAUUCCGUUAUUCAGGAGAAACCAUCAGUCGUCAUUUCAACAAUGUGUUGAACGCAAUAAGGGCAAUUUCAUUAGAUUUCUUCCAGCCUCCAGGAUCUGAUGUUCCUCCCGAAAUUUCAGAAGAUCCUAGAUUCUAUCCAUAUUUUAAGGAUUGUGUGGGAGCGGUUGAUGGUAUACACAUCCCAGUGAUGGUAGGCGUAGAUGAGCAAGGACCUUUCCGCAACAAGAAUGGCUUACUUUCACAAAAUGUUCUGGCUGCUUGCUCAUUUGAUCUCAAGUUCCAUUAUGUCUUGGCGGGUUGGGAAGGCUCUGCAUCAGAUUUGCAAGUUUUAAAUUCUGCACUCACAAGACGAAACAAAUUGCAGACCCCAGAAGGGAGAUACUACCUGGUGGACAACAAGUAUGCAAAUAUGCCUGGCUUCAUUGCUCCAUAUCCUGGUGUACCUUAUCACUCGAAGGAGUUUCCUAGUGGUUUUCACCCUCAAGAUGCGAAAGAGCUAUUUAAUCAACGACACUCGAUGUUACGAAAUGCAUCUGAUCGCAUUUUUGGGGCUUUAAAGGCACGCUUCCCUAUCCUGAUGGCAGCUCCUCCGUACCCCUUACAAACACAAGUCAAGUUGGUUGUGGCAGCAUGUGCCCUACACAAUUACAUGCGUAGGGAGAAACCAGAUGACUGGAUUUUUAAAAUGUAUGAGAAGGACACCAUACUGCAAAUGGAGGAAUCAUUGCCCCCGCUAGAGGUGGAACCAAUGAUGCAUUUUGAGGCCUCUGCUAUGGACAUUGCUUUUGGGACAGAAGAACUGGAGUUUACUUCGCAGUUGCGGGACUCAAUUGCGACUGAAAUGUGGGAUGACUAUAUCCAUGAUUUAUCUCCCAUGUAG